AUGACAACAGCAGUAGUCCUAGGCAGUACAGGCGGCGUAGGAUCACAGAUCCUCGCAACCCUCUUCGCCAGCCCCAACAUCACCUCUGUGAAAACGAUAUCGCGCCGCAUUCCCAAAUCCGACUCUCCCAAGCUUCAGGCUAUUGAGGAAGCCGACAUCUCAAAAUGGGCAGGUCUAAUAUCCACCCUCACACCUAAACCAUCAGUCUUCUACAACGCGGUUGGGACGACCAGGGCGGCCGCCGGUGGAGUCGCAGAACAAUGGAAAAUCGACCACGAUUCUGUUAUUGACAGUGCGCGCGCGGCCAAGGAGGCUGGGGUGAAGACGUUCGUGUUCAUCUCGAGUGGGGGCACUAGGGGCUUUCUCUUCAAGUAUACCCCUUACGCGAGGAUGAAGGUUGGAGUGGACGAUGCGGUGCGAGAGCUAGGGUUUGAGCAGGCGAUUAUUCUGAGGCCAGGGAUGAUUAUUGGGAGACAGAACUCAAAGGCACCGUUGCUUGAAAGGUUUUUUGAAGCCCUUGGGAUGGUUUCGAAGGGGUUACAGGAUAAGAUUGCUGCGGAUCAGCUUGUUAUUGGAAGGGCUGCUGUUCAUGCUGCUCGGUUGGCGGAUGAGGGCAAGGCGCCCUCCAGGUAUUGGGUCGUUGAGCAGCCUGAUAUUAUCAGGCUUGGGAGAGAUGAGUGGAAGGAGUGA